AUGCUUAAAUUACCGGAAAUAAAACUCGACCCAAAAAAGACCAGCCAUCUUUGCAAAUGCCGACCAAUUUGCAAGAGUCGCAGAAGAGAGUGGAAAGGUGAUGUUCAAAACACCUCAGCUGAGUUACUGCUGGAGAGGAAACCUAAACCGGAGUGUUUCCGCCGAUGGCCGACAAAAGUAUACCCAAAUAGCCCGUGUCCAUUAUUCUCUACUACUCGUCGUGUGACAGUCAAGGAGAGGGGAUACAUUCCCCCUCCCGAGGUGGUCAGGAUAUGCCAAGCGCCUAUUGAUGAUACUGUUGAUACCACCUACUUGAGACUCGCACAGCUUGCUAAGAAACUUGGUGCAUGGGACGCAGUAAAAUCGUGCUGUGCAUUCUGUGAGUGCAACAAUUGCUGCCCCUGCUCGCCACACGGCUACUACUUGUCGGAGGAGUGCGAUACCACACGAUGGCACGAUAUGCGACAAUUUGACAGCAGGGUUGAGCAAGACUGUCAGGAUAUGAAGAUUAUGUAUCACUAA